AGGUAGAGGGCGCUCAUCAUCUCUAUUUAGAUGGCAUGCGCCAACAAACCCUAAAGAGAAGUGAGGAUUUAUUUUCCAGUGUGAGAAGCUGGCUUUAUCACUGGUGGGAGAACACCGCAGACGCUUUUCAAUAUGUGGACACACAGUAUCGGCUUGUUUAUCCUAGUCUCCACAUUAUGUGGAUGUGAAACUUUGGCAUCAGAACACACUACAAACCUCGCUGUGGGUGUUGGAGAGGAUGUGCAGCUGAAGAUUAAUCCACCUGUAGCUGUAUUUUCAGUGAACUGGUAUUUCGGAUCUACAGGCCCAGUUAUUGUGACAUGGAACGGUUUCUCUGAGACUGUAAACCCUCAAUAUCAGGGUAGAGUCGAGCUGAAUAAAAACACAGGAACACUGACGCUCAAAAAUGUAAGCCGAAGUGACUCUGGAGAUUAUUUGUAUCAGGUUGUAAGCAUUGCAACAGGACAUCCGGUACAAUAUAAUGGAAACAUAGCCUUGAGUGUUUAUCAACCUGUCUCCCAACCCACAGUCCACUCCAAUGUGACUGAUCCAGUGGAGUUCAAUGACACUGUCAGUUUGACCUGUACAGCCUCUGGCUCUGCCGUCUCCUACCGAUGGCUCAAUGGCAGCUCUGUGGUUAGUGACAGUGAGCGGAUUCAUCUGAGUGAUGACAAUAAAACACUGACCAUAGCCAGGGUGUUGAGAUCUGAUGAUGGGACCCUGUAUUGCUAUGCGUUUAACCCUGUCAGUAACAGCACCAGCGAGGCGUUUCAUCUCAUCGUGAGCUAUGGACCAGAAUCCCUCACUCUGUCUAUCAGCCCCCAAAAGCCGAUCUAUAGUGCAGGAUCAGAUCUCACUCUGUCCUGCUCUGCACAGUCCAGCCCACCUGCUCACUACCAAUGGUUCUUUAAUGAAGCCCCUCUUAACAAACUGGGCUCACAGCUGAAUAUCACUCACAUUCAACACAAUCAGACUGGAAACUAUACCUGCUGGGCCUAUAACAAUAGAACCCUUAGGUAUGCUAAGGAAACAAGAGAGAUUAUUGUUGUGGAGCUGAUAACUAAUGUUACUAUGAAACCCAGCCUUGCACAGCCAAUAGCAAACCAGGCUCUAAAGCUGACCUGCGAGGUGCCUGGAUCACAGACUGUUUCCUCAAGGCUCUGGCUGAAGGACGGUCAGCCCUUGUCCACUAGUGACAGAAUAACAUUGUCUGUGGACAACAGCACAGUCUCCUUCAACCCAGUGCUGCAGUCUGAUAAUGGAGAAUAUCAGUGUAACGCUAGUAACCCUUUAAGUGAAGUGACGAGCACUGGAUACAGAUUGGAGGUCUAUUAUGGACCAGAGCAGGCAUCUAUUACAGGACCAGACCAGGCAGUUCUCAAUUCAUCCGUAACAUUCACAUGUUCAGCUAAGUCUCUCCCCCCUUGUAAUUACACCUGGUAUUUCAAUGGAGCAGAUGCUGUCCAGAGCUCGCAAUACAACAUAACUUCUGUAAGCAAUGCUGAUAGGGGAAGUUACACCUGUGUAGCCUGGAAUUCAGUGACUGGAAUAAACACUUCUGCAGUAAAGAAAUUUACUGUGACUGCAGCAGCUAAUUCUGGGUCCUUGACACCAGGGGAGAUUGCAGGAAUCGUCAUCGGCACACUUGCAGGCGUUGCCCUCAUUGGUGUUACAGUGUAUUUCUGCCUGAAAAAAUAUGGGAAUGGCACAAAAACUCCUAAACCAAGUCCUCCAGGUAAUAAGAACUCUGCUGCAGCCGUUAACGCAGAUGAUAAGGCAGACAACAUUCACUACGCUGACCCCAAAUUUCUAAAAAACAAUAAAAGUGGCCAAAGGAUACAGAUGGAAGAGACCACUACUGAAUACGCCCAAGUCGCAGGCCAGCCCGCUGGAAACCAGAGGCAACCCCCAUUAGAACCAAAUACUGAAUAUGCAAUGAUCCAAAAGAAUAGACCAGCAGUGUAGGGUUGGGUUGGGGUUGGGGUUGGGGUUGGGGUUGGGGUCGGGGAUAGGCUAACAGAGAUGAACAUCGUACCCCCUGCACAUCCUGGGGUCUAUUCAAGUCACCUGCACGGCGGCAGAUAUAAAUCCUGUACCCCCGCAGUUUAAUAAUUCAGACAGAGCCCACUGUGUACCAGGGUUAUGAAAACCAACAUCUCAUCCAUUCCCUGUGAGUCUCUAGUGUAUUCAUUAUGAAUCCCAUCACCAUCAGAUUCCUCUGCACAAGGUCCGAGCUGCUUUUAAAAAGCACUAGAUAACAAAAACUAAGAUAAUUGUAUGCAAUGAUUUAAUUCUAACAUAAAACAUAAAAAAAUGCCUUGAUCACAGUUGUUGUUUUUGUUAUUUUGUACUUUUUAAAAGCUGCUAUAAGAAAAUCAGCUCUGUCAUUCAGGUAACCUUACAGAGGAAACAUGUUUAAAAAAUAAAAACAAAAAACAACCAAUCACCAAUUAAAAGAUAAAAUGCAAGUUCCCUGUAAUUUGGAUAGAUGAGCAUCACAUUAUCAAGUCCCCCCUCACCACCCACCCACACCCCCACCCCCACCCCCACACCCCCACCUCCUCAUCAUCCAUCAUUUAUUUUCUAAGGGGAGAAGGGUUAAUUAUUAAACAAAGGCAUUUACAACAGAACCAAAGGUGGUUCAUGAUUUCAAAGCAUAUCAUAACCUUGAUAACACUCCAUAACAUCUACAGUAUUGAAUGCAGAUGUUCAUUAGCUUAUCUCCUAACCUUCACAAGGUGGUGAAUUCAGGGACCGCGUUUGUUUGUUUGUUCAGCAGAAAUAUGCUGAACAGCAGUUCCUGGUUCAAAGGCAGUAUUUUGUCCCCGUGCAGGUCAAUAAAACUAUGGCCUGGCUGCAUGGAUUAUUCCCCACCCCACACUAUUCUGUCAAAUUCUUAAACAAGUCCUAGACCCCUAACACACACACAUAGUGAACAAGCUGUUGCAGCUUGGUUGAUCUAUAAUGCAACACACAUACCUUAAAAGAAAUAUUUAAAAGAACAAAUAUACAAUUUUGAUGCAAUCCUUGUUAAAUAAAUAAAUGAUCAGUGUAGUUUGAAUUUUUAAAAAGGUGAAAGUCUAAUGUUGACCCCUCCACUGCUGGUUAGGUGACUCCAAGUUGCAAACCAUGUUGCUUCUAUUGUUCCAUGAAUGUUGUGUAUUUUAAAAUGAUACUGGAUACAAUUCCUGGUAUUGAAAAAAAAAUUAAAUUAUAGGCAUUUUUUAAUUAAUUAUUUAAAAUCAAUAUUUCAGUUCCAUUUUUAAAUAUAAAUAUGUAUUUAUUUUUGUUAUGAUUAAGCUUAGACUUGGGUGUCAUUUAUAAAUAAAUGUAUACAUGUAUUCUGCUACGUGUAAUAUACAGGUUUAAAAGAUCUAUUUUUGUUAGGUACUAAAUUAUUAAAGAAAUUGAUAAAAUGAUGAAAACUUAAGUAAUUGCCAAUUUGAUGUGCCUUGCCAAUACUUUACUGUAUCAAGAAAAAUAUUUUGCUACUUGUCACCUAAAGGGUUUUAGGUAAUGCUUUAUUCUGUGUGGCAGAGGCAUUUCAUUGAUAUAUAUUUCAUUGAUAUGACAGUACCCUUUUAUUAACGUUCAGUUACAUGUUAAUAAAUAUUCAAUUCUUAUGCACUAGGGACAUGUAACCAUAUGAAAAAUGUAUCAUGAUUAUUCCAAAACGUAAUAAAUCAGUGUUUUACAUAGCUAUACAAGUUGGACCAGCAAACUACCAAUAGACAUCUUAAUAAGCAGCAUACUAACAGUAUUUGGGAUACGAGCACAAAUUCUGUCAUCUGUUUAUUAAGUGACUUUGCCGCACAGAAUAAAGUGUUACUAUGGGUUUAAUAGUGCAUGUAAUCCAGCAUGUUGAACUGGCAUGCUUUGUGUUUCUUUUCCUGUAAAUGGAUUACACAGAGGAGUCGUGGACAGUCCCUGUAACUUGAGAUGCAGUGAGAAUGGUUAUUCGAACAGGCCGCACAGCAAUUCAAAAUGCAGUUUGAGAUGCUUUACAAUGUUGUGCAUGUUAUGAGACGAGCUACUAGUCAGCGAUUGUUGCUGAGCAAGGCUCUGUUUGCAAUGGCAAUCAGGUCCAUUAAUAACGUGUAAUGAGAUGGUGGAAAGUUUAUUGAUUUUGUUCUUUAUCUUUUAUUUCUCUUUUUAAACUGUAGCCUGCUUUUAAACUGUCUCUCGCUACAGGCUUGCUGGCUAGUCUAGUUGUGAUGCAUUGAUUAUAGUGCUGUUGUAUUUGUUUUAAAUGUAAUAAAAUAAAUAAACAUUAGAAUCAUUUUAAAA